AUGGAAGACUACCUGGAAUUUUCCGGUCUUAUGUCUGCACACUUAUCGGUUUUGGCUUCAUUAUUGCCUCGAUCUCCAAAACGUGAUCCAUUGCACCUACAUACGGCGGGCAAUAUCAUCCACUCUCUGGGUUUGCCUCACCUCGAUACCGAAAGGCCCUCAGUUGCAUUACAUGCUAGUUGUCAGUAUUGGCAUGGCAAUCCGGGACAGCUUGUGGCUCCUACCUCAUGGGAACAAUAA